AUGAUAACUGAUGUAACGCUACCCAUUGAUGAAAUAGAUAAAACCGAUCAGAAAGUGAAUAAUGAAACCAACGAUACACUUAGAAAAACUAGUAAUGUGAUAAAUGGUCUGGAUCAAAUAGAUCUAGAGCCGGAUAAUGUGGCUGAAAUUGAAGCUCUAGAACAAUCGCUUACUGAAUUGGUGGAUAAUUUUCGAUCGGGAAGAAUGUGUGCUUUGGAUGAAGAAAAAUUGAAAAUGAUGCGGAAAGCACGAGAGAAAAUGGAAAAUUUGACUGCAUUCCAUGUUAAAUUGCAUAAAAUACAAACCCCAAAUUUCUCCAUCUUCAGUGAUGAUGGUCAACUUGAUGAACAGUACGAUUUGCUUUUUCGGAAACUUGAUAAGCUGCACUGCUUUCUAUAUGAUAUGUCUUUCCGUGCAACUGAUGUAAAGGAAGAAGGUAGAAUGGCUGAUACUUUUGCCGGCGGAAAGGAUGCGGAAGUGAUAAUAGAGCAGUCUAAUCAGUCUUUUCAAUGCCUGGAAUAA